AUGAUUUCUAGAAAUAAUUACUCUAAAACUAAUAUUCAAAGUGAUGAUGAAAAUAUAGGAAGUUAUGAGAUUGAAGCUUUAAACUCUGAAACUUUAAAAAAAAAUAAAGAAUUAAUAAAUAAAUUUGAUCAAAUAAAUGAUUUAGAAAUAACUUCAAACCAAGUAUAUUCUACUAAAAAUAAAAAAAAUGAUGUAAAUGAUAGUAAAUUUGGUAAUUUAGAUAACAUAUAUUAUUAUACAAAAAUAAUUAAUUGGUAUGAUGUAAUGACAGGGUUAACUAUACAAAGAACAAUUGUUUGUCAAAAUGAAAGUGGUCCAUGUCCAAUAAUUGCUUUAGCAAAUUUAAUUAUCCUUCAAAAUUCUUUAAAGGAUCUUUUACCCGGUCAUCUUUCAGCAAAUAAUUCCCAAAUUUUUGCAAGUUCUUUACUUAGUAUUAUUGCGGAUUAUAUUGUUUCAAACGUUUCUGAAGAGAACUUGGAUGAUGUUCUUUCUCAUUUGCCAUAUUUGCAUAAAGAUUUAAAUGUAAAUCCUUGUUUCAAAGAUUCCUUACAAUUUGACAGUCAAGAAACUAAGAUAUUUUCUGCUUUAAAAAUACAACUUUUACAUGGAUGGCUUCCUAGUAUUCAAGAAGAUGGGCAAGAUGUUUAUGAUAGUGUUAUUAAAGUAGAGACAUAUAAAAAUGCUUUAGAAAAAAUAACUUCUAUGAAAGAAUUUUUGGGAAAUAAAAAUUCAGAAUUUUUUGAUGAAAAAAAAAAUUCCGAAGGUCAAUUAUUAAAUCGAUUUUUAUGUUCAUAUUCCAAUUGUUUAACACCUCAUGGCCUAACAGUUUUACGAUCAAUUUUGUCUCCAGGAAAAUUAUCUAUACUAUUUUAUAAUUUACAUUUUUCUUUAUUAUAUUCACAUUAUCAAACAGGAGAACUUUAUACACUUGUAACGGAUUUUGACUAUAAAGAUUAUGACAAAGUUGUAUGGAAAUCUUUAGAAACGUUUUCAUAUUUUAGUUCAGAAUUUAUUCCUCAAAAUCUUUUAUGUAAUGACCUAUCUGAAAUAGAAAAUGAUUUUGCUUUUGCUUUAAAUAUGCAGUUGAUAGAAGACCAACAAAAAGAGAAUUGGGUAUAUCAUCUUUCUAGAUCACAAAAAUAUAAAAAAUCUAAAAUUUUAAAUAAACAUAAGCAAAAAAAAAGUAAAUCAGACAAUAUUUUAAUACCAAACUGGAAAAGAAGAAACUCUUCUGGAUCUCUUCAAGAGCUAAAUGAACAUUUACACAAAGAAAAAAAAUGCAUUAUAUUUUAA